AUGCCCCUCAUUGACAGCAGGACCCUCCGGCGCGUGAGCCUCUCCUCCCGGUUGUGUGCCACCUGCAAGCUGCCUGAGGGUCCACUCUGCCCCAUCUCCCAGACCAGGGAAUGUGAACAGGUCCCGCGUGGGUGGGCGGCGGGCGCGGCGGGGCCGGUGGCCGUGGCGGGGGCUCCUCCCCGUCCGUGGAGCGGUGGGCUGCCCGGCGGUCGCCAGCGCCGGGGCUGCCCGGGGGCCUCGCAGGCCGGCAGCGGGGCUGAGGCGGCGGCGGCGGCGGUGGCGGCAUCUCCCCUCGCGGCAGGCCGGGGCGCCGGGUCCCGGCCUUCCCCCCGCAGGCCCGGCCAGCCCCGGCCCCUCCCUGCCGCCCCCGGGGCUGCGGGGGCAGCAGGGGACUGCCUGCCGCUGGUGGCUGUCUGGCGGAGGCCGGCGGGCACCGCGGAGACGUGCGGCUGUGGAGAGAAAGGAGUUUCUGCCGGCUGUCCCCGCAGGGAGCCGCAGCCGCCGGGGGUGUCCCUCACAGCCCGGCGUCGGUGGCGGGCUGCGACACAGUCCUGCCCGGGCGUUCUUGGCAGCCCCCGGGGCAAGAGGCCUGUCAGGCUUCAGGGAGGUCGGCAGCGGCAUUUCCAGAGCAGUCCCGUCCCGUUGGCUCUCCUGCUUCCUUCCCCGGGCUGGGAGAAAGGAGGACGUCCUCGAAAGCAGGAAUGUCGGUAUUUGCAUGGGGAGUUUCAAGGACCUGCCUGUGGACGCGACGGCCCCUACACGCCUGACGUGUUCUUCUGGUGCUGCAUCCUCUUCUUCGCCACUUUUGCCCUGUCAAGCUUCUUGAAGAAGUUUAAAACCAGCCGCUACUUUCCAACCAGAGUACGGUCCACAGUGAGCGACUUUGCUGUUUUCCUCACCAUCGUCAUCAUGGUGCUGCUUGACUUCGUGGUUGGGAUCCCAUCGCCGAAGCUCCACGUCCCCCACGCGUUCAAGCCUACCAGAGACGACCGUGGGUGGUUCAUCAACCCCAUAGGACCCAACCCUUGGUGGAUGGUGUUGGCUGCGCUCGUCCCAGCUCUGCUCUGCACCAUCUUGAUAUUCAUGGACCAGCAGAUCAGUGCCGUUAUUGUGAACAGGAAGGAGCACAAGCUGAAGAAAGGAUGCGGGUACCACCUGGACCUUUUCGUGGUGGCCGUGAUGCUCGGGGUGUGCUCUGUGAUGGGGCUGCCCUGGUUUGUGGCUGCGACCGUGCUGUCCAUCACCCACGUGAAUAGCCUCAAAGUAGAGUCUGACUGCUCAGCUCCAGGAGAACAACCCAAGUUUCUGGGGAUACGAGAGCAGAGAGUCACCGGCUUGCUGAUCUUUGUGCUCAUGGGCUGCUCCGUCUUCUUCACUUCCGUGUUAAAGUUUAUACCAAUGCCUGUGCUUUAUGGCGUCUUUCUCUACAUGGGUGUGUCGUCGCUCAGAGGAAUUCAGUUCUUUGAUCGCUUGAAGCUGUUUUGGAUGCCGGCGAAACACCAGCCGGAUUUCAUCUACCUGCGGCACGUGCCCUUGCGAAAGGUGCAUUUCUUCACGGCGAUCCAGCUGAUCUGCCUCGUCCUGCUCUGGACCAUCAAGGUGUCCCGUGCCGCCAUCAUCUUUCCCCUGAUGGUUUUGGCUCUCGUCUUUGUCCGGAAAGCGAUGGAUUUCUGCUUCUCAAAGCGAGAGCUCAGCUUUCUGGAUGACCUUAUGCCAGAAAGGAAGAAGAAGUUGAACGAUGGCAGAAAUGAAGCCGGAGAAGAAGGAGAGGUAAGGCUUGCUGGGUCCUCGGGGCUGGACAUCUCCCUCGGGCUGUGA